CAUCCAGCUCAGAGAACAAAACCGCAUCAAAGAAAGGUAUGGCAGUCGAGUGGCGAGACGAACCACGGAGAAGUUUAGCGAAGAUCAGGAAUCUAUAUCUUACAAUCGGGAAGCGAUCACAGAGAAAUCAAAUUGAGUUAUCCUAGCUCGUAAAAGCGGUAUUGGAUAUUGGAUACUAUCAAGAUGGCCUUGGGGCAGAAAUAGCGGUUGAUUAGAUUUAUUGUUUUAUGCCGAAGAAACUCGGGACAUGUCCAAAAGCAGUAGAAGCUCGAGAAAGGCGGGCUGAGAAAAAACGGGAAGAGCGUGCUCAAAUAAUAAAAAAGGCCGAAGAUGAGUACUGGAAAGAUGAUGACAAACUUUUAAGUAGGAAGCAACAGAGAAAAGAAGAAAAAGAUUCAAAGCGUCAAGAACUAUUAGAAAAGAAGAAGGAAAAAGAAAAGCUAUAUAACGAAGAACUUGCGACAUUCAAGUCGGCCAAAUCAACCGCAAAUAAAGAGCAGCCAUCAAAGCUAACACAAGCCCAAAUUGCUGCUGCUCGUGAAAAGUUGGAAAGUCAGCUGUCAGCUCUGAACCAAACUUCCCAGAAAUCUGAGCCCGAAGAACUCAUUGCGAAUCCUAACCGAAUUGAGACGGAGGAUUUGGAAGCACGAACUGUUGAGGAAGCUAUAUCCAUUCUGAGUUUGGGCAAUGAAGGUGAUACUGAUAAACAUCCAGAAAAACGUCUAAAAGCUGCUUAUCAAGCCUUUGAAGAGCGUAUGAUGCCUCAGUUGAAAGCUGAAAAUCCAUCUAUGCGACAUUCACAACUCAAGCAGUUGAUAUUCAAAAUGUUUCAAACAUCACCAGAAAAUCCUAAAAAUCAACAAAAUGCCAGCUGCUAUAACGCUAAAUAG